ACUAACUACAGCAACACCCAACGAGGAAACAGAUCCUUUCGAAAUGGCCCCGGUUCAGAAGAAAGGUACAAUCUCCUUUCCAACCCACUGAGUUCUCCGCCAUCAUCGUGCGACAUGUCUGCGACCUCGAUUUUCGAAUGCGAAAAUCUGGAGGGUCGACCACGAGUCGACGAUGAGGAAGGGCAUAUGCACCAGCAGUGCCGCCACCAAGGCUGGCAAGCAAGCCAGUGCUGCCGCGAAGGCCACCCUGAAGGGCGUCCACUCCCACAAGGUCCGCAAGGUUCGCCUCUCAACCACCUUCCACCGACCUAAGACCCUUCAACUCUCCCGCGAGCCCAAAUACCUCCGAAAGUCUGUUGCCCACCAACCUCGUCUCGAUGAGCACAAGGUCAUCAUCCACCCUCUCAACACUGAGAGUGCCAUGAAGAAGAUCGAGGAGAACAACACCUUGGUUUUCAUCGUUGACACCAAGGCCAACAAGAGACAAAUCAAGGAGGCUCUCAAGAAGCUUUACGACAUCGACACCAUCAAGAUCAACACCCUCAUCCGACCUGACGGAACAAAGAAGGCAUUCGCCCGUCUGACCGCUGAUGUUGAUGCUCUGGAUAUUGCCGCUACCAAGCUCGCCAUUGUCUAGAUAAGAAAAUGACUGGAUGUCAAGGG